UGUGUUGCAUCUGCCAUCUGCAACGUGCAACUAGUGAAAAUAACAGAGCGAAAAAGUUUGCAAAAAUGAGUGUAUCAAAAGAUAAAGAUACAACUUUAGUUCCCACGGUCAGAGAAGUACAGCAAAAGUUUGCAGAGAUCCUAAGUCAUGGAGAGGAUAUAACCUGGGAUCUGCUUACGCUUAACCAGGCAGAGGUUCUAAAAAGGAAGUUGUCCCUGUUCAAAGCCAAUACUAACAUGUUCUAUUGGAUUUGGAAUCAAAGAAAAUACACAAAUGGACAGACUUUAACGUCCCUCUUUUUUGUGAUGAUAGUGGACAAUGUGAGCAAUCCACAGCUGGCCGAGGAAAGCAGAUCCUGGCAUCUGUAUCCUGUUUUCCGAUGUCGACGCUGUGUGGACAAAACUGGCCAAGCCAGUGGCAUCGACUGUUGCAUGGCGUAUGUGACUCAGAACUCAUGUUGUGGAAACUGGAAAGAGUUUCUGUUGCUGCCAGAUUUUCGUCAAGGUUUAAUGGUUACCCCAUAUCGUGGAGUGUAUAAACUGAUUGAUGGCCAGGUUGAGCUAAAAACCUAUUCCAUCACAGACCGACCUUGCUCAGGACUUUUAACAAAAGUCAAGGAAUUCUCUAUAACGCCUGAGUCCUUGGCAUUAGCUUCCAAAACGCUUAUUACUCGUAAAAAACCAGAAAAUGUGUUUGAUUUUCCAUUGGUUUAUGAAUUUUGUACAUGUGAACGGAUGCUCAGUUUGCUCUUGAAUCCUGAUAACGUGCAGCCAUCUUGUGACAUAAUUGAUCUUUCCGAAUCUUUAGUUCUAUUUACGGAUACUUUAAAUAAUUUUCGUCUGGCAUCAAGAAUGAUCAAAGAAGUAAAUAGUGCAAGCAUCUUGAUUAAUCAGCAAAGAAGCGUUUUUGAAAAGAUAUCCGAGGAAGCUGCUCGAAUUGAGGGCAAAGUGGAUCUUAUACGUAGUGCUAACGGAGUUCCCGAAAAAGUUGAGCUCGACAAGCUUUUUCAACCAAUUCAGAAAAAGAGAAAACUAAGAAAAUUACCCGAAACACCCAUGAAUAUCAUUGAUGUACCUGAUUCUCCAGAAAUCACCACAAUUAAAGUGAAAGGAGAAGAUAUAAACCUGAAAGUCUAUGGCAUGCUUCUUAGAGAACACAUCGUUAGCUUGGAGACCUUUGAAAUUCUGAUUACCAGCAUGUCUGAGCAUUUGGAACCCGAAACGUUCAAACUAAUUUUACAACUCACGCAAACUUUUGUGGAAAACACCAGGGAAGAAAUGUGCCAACUGCUGAAAUAUUAUUUUUCCACGGAAUCCUUUCUGUAUCAGAUAAUUUUGAGUAUAAGAAGAUAUUAUCCAAGAUGGGACUUCGAUGAAAUUGAAGAGCAAUCAUCAGAAAUUUUAAGGCGUUUGCGGUAUUUCUUUGCCUCUUCUGACCCGAAUUCUCAUAUUGAAUUUCUGAAGAAGUGCGACAAAUGUGUCGGUUACUAUGACUUAUUUAAUAAUAAUUAAAUAUAAUAAUAUAGCAUUGUUUAGUACAUAAGAGUGAACGCGUUUUUUUCAAAAUCAUUCGGAUUUUUUAGUGGUACAAAAUUGUAUGGCAAGCAUUCCUUAAUAUAAGUAAUGCUGAAAAAUUGUAUAAUUAUUCAAACAUUUAUUUUAAACAUAUAUUCAAUUAAGAAUCGUUACCUCAAUGCAGAUAUGAAGAGGGUACACAUUGAAAAAUCUAAAUGUUUAUUCUGUUAUACCUUUAUCGAAAUAAAUAUAAACGUUGAAAUAAAUAAUUCCCAUACGUAAGUGUGUCGAAAAUUGUAUAUUCUAAGCUGGGGCGUGAUAAUGUGUUUAACUACAUACAAUACGUAUAUCAGAGUUAUUUUAGAGCUAGGGAUUAGCUUAUUAAGAAUGGUUUCCACCGAUUUACACGAUAUUUAUAUAAGUAUAUGUAACAUUGACUAAGAUAAGACUAAGCCUAGUGAUUCGGUUAAGAUGAGUAGUUGUACAUGAAAGCGAUCACAAUUGUCAGAUGGAGGCGUGUGCGGUGACCUUACCGAUCUAAUUAAGGGCUAGCAUCUUUAGGCGAUUUUCGGCUUGCUCUGCCGACGAUUAAGCAAACUGGAAAGAUUGCUGAAGGGCAGCUCGAAGGACAGGGAAAAGAGGAUGGAGGCCAGGUAGACGAUGACAGCGAAGCCGCAGGUGACCACGCACUAUAGUUGAACAGAAAAUUAAUAAAAAUUGAUUCAAAAA